GCAGCUGGCGCGCAGGAAGGCGAGGAAGGCCCGCCCGCGUCUCCCGACGGAUAAUGAUCUCUCUACAUUGCCUUUUGGCCUUGCAGCCUCUCUCCAAAAGUAAUCCAGAAGAAACCAACUCAUUUCCCGACCAAUUCUUCUGAAAUUUGCUGAAUGGAAGCGUGGAUUGCUGAAGCAUGACACCGGAGUCUUUCAGCUUUUGGGCUUUCAGUGUUUGGGCCCAUUGCAACCGCCAGUGACGCCAUGGCUCACCACAAUGUCGGUUUCCUACCUGAACCCUCAGCCCCACCCUCGGAUUCCAAGGAGGAAGCUGUGAAUGACAAGGAAGAAUCGGCCAAUGCUGAGCCCAGCCCCUUGGACUGCGUUAUCUGCUUCACCCCUUAUGACCAGCUCUUUAAACUGCCGAAGGAACUGAGCUGCAGUCACGUCUUCUGCCUGGAGUGCCUGGCCCGCAUCAAUGUCUCCUCAGAGGAUGUCAACGCCAUCACCUGCCCCGUCUGCCGGGCACCCACUGUCUUGCCUCCCCGCAAGGGCCUGCCGGGGCUUCCCACCCGCCGUGACUUGCUGGAGCAGCUCACCGCCAUGCCGGUGCCCCCUGGCUCAGUGCGUUUCGAUCGUCGGCGGGGUUUGCUCUACUUGCCGUCGGGGAAUAAAAGCGGGGCUCAAGUCGGAUCGAAGGCGGGACCUGCACUCAACACUGUCAGUUUGAGUGUCGAUGUCGGGAGGCCUCCACCCCCGGGAACAGCCCGAAGACUGGCCGUCUCGGGUUGGCCAUUCUACGCUGCUCUGUCGGUCGCGUUGCUCGUCACUAUCGCCUUGAUAGUCUGUGGCAUCUACAUCUUCAUGAUGCCUUCUAUGUACAUUUCAGUGGGAGGAUUUCCCAAAGGGAAUCACAGUUUAGGCCUUAGGGGAAACAACUCUAAUCCAAUAAAUGCUCCUCCAACCUAACACCAAGAGAUGGGCUGCCCGCCCUUCUGCAUCCACCUGUUAUGAUUGUGCUGCUGGUAGUUUCAGAUUCUCCAGAAACUCCCGGGGCUCCUCCAAUUGCCUGUGUAGGAUGAAUGGGAAGAUAAAGGCUUAACUCUCAUCUGCUAAUCCCUUUCGUCUCUGGAGUCUGUGGCACCACCAGCACUUUAUUGGCGAAUCACUCCUUGGGACUUCUAAUGGCACUUUCUCUCACAGCCACCCACCAGCAAAUCAUGAGGUGAAUUGGAGAGGUCGAGGUUGCCCCCUUUGCUGUUUUAUUGCCCACAGGAACAGGCUGGUGGAAAAACAGAGCUUGUUAUAAUUUCUUGGUAGAAGGGAGGCACAUUAACCCAACUUAAUUGGUACUUUGGCAGAGACACACCGGCCUGUUAAAAUAUUGCCAACCUCCCUUAUCCUGGUGCCCUCCAGACAUGUUAGUUCAUUAUCUCCAACCCCUCCAGGACGUUGUAGUCAGAUGUCAGACGGUGCCAGGCUGGAGAAUACGUCAUUCCAGAUGAGGGGAACAACAUUUCAGGUGCCCAAAGCCACCUCCAGCUUCAAACUUUUUCCCCAAUCAGAAAUUUAACACAGAGGCAGAAUAUGUUGGGGUAAAACUCUUAGAAAACAAGCUUAGGAAGAAGCAGAUGAGGAGGAUGUUUCCAUUGGCCUUUUCUCCUGAAGAGCUGGUGGAAUCCCCUCUCUGGUUCUUCUUCACAAAUGGAUUGGGCACAUCACUUCUAGGGAUUGAGGUUUCUUUGGCAAAGGGUCUUCUUCCCUGGGAGCUGAACUUUCACUGUUCUUGGUGUUUCCUUUUUGGCUUUCUAUCCUCUCCUCCUGGGCCCAGGCUCCACUACUCACAGGAGCAGCGUGGCAGAAAAAUCCACUUGGUGUGGGGCUCGGUCACGGGCACUUAGCCAAAGAUACCGAGGUGAGAGAAGCAUGAAUAUAGAUGUCAAGUCUUGUGGAGUACAAGAACCUAAAUGAAGGAUUGUGGGAGUGCCACUUCCAGCUUAUUGCUUGUUUUGCUCCUUUGUUUUUCUCUCAUCUUCUGUGGCCUGAACAGCAGCAUGGAAAGUAGGAAUCCAAAAUGCCAAGGUUUUCCUAAGAUCAAACAUGGAGUGAAGCGUAGGGGGCUUUUCCUGCUCUGAGAUACUUGCUGUGUGUCCAUAAAGGCCCGAGACUGGGAUUUAGGAAGGAGGGAGAGAAAUGGGGUGGAACAGACCUACACAAAGGCAGCCUGUGGUAGAAGCUUGGAGAUUUUAUCUCCAACUCAGAGUCGUAUUUUUUUAGUGGAUUGUGGUUAUUAAUUGGCUGGGGGAAGAAAACCAUCUGGCUUUGUGUCUGUGGUUUAAUAGCAGCAGAAAAUGCACAGAUCAGCAGAUAAAGUGAGAAGCAGUUACGGGCAAUUAAUGCAGGUCAAAUUACUCUGAAACACAACAGGAUGGAUUGGUUAGGCAAGGAAGAAUGCCAGUAAAAUUCUGCACUCUUCAGGUUUUGUGCCUUAGAAAUUACUCUGUGUUUUUGUUUUGAUUGUUGCUGGCCACUUCUGUAGCAGGGUCACCUCAUUCUUGGAUAUGCCCCAAAGCUGUUUCACCACCCUCUACAGGACAUCUGUAUUAUUUUAAAAAAUACUUAUUUGUAAGAAUACUGGCCAGCUACUUAGAACUUGAUAUUUGUGAUAAGGAAAUUUAGAACUGAAGUCCAAAAGCCUCGAACUCUAUGCCCAUUGCUCCAAGAAGUUUAAUCUUCUUAAAUGUUUUGUCUGCAAUCACAAAUAACCAUUAAAAGACUUUCACAGAUUUCUGAA